AACUGAGCUUUUAAAUGAUACUGAUACCAAGUGAUGACGAUGGAUGUUUUGAGAGAGAGAGAGAGAGAGAGAGGAUCUCCCUUUGCUUCACAGCAUUUUAUUUCUCCCGUUAAAUAAGGUUUAAUUGGUACCAGAUUUGGAGCUUCAGAAGAAACCCUUGGCUGGAUCUUGCUUCUUCCGCAGAGUUGCCACUGUGUCCUCUUGAAAUCAAGCGAGUUGAAAGGCUGCAGCAAAGCAUAGCACUAAAAUCACUAGGACCUUCUUUAUUAUGGGUUGUAUCUCCUCAAAACAAAAACAUGUACCUGGAUAUGAAGACCCUACUGUUCUUGCAUCAGAAACAACCUUUACUGUGAGUGAAGUAGAAGCUUUGUACGAGCUAUUUAAAAGGAUAAGCUAUUCAAUUACCAAAGAUGGGCUUAUUCAUAAGGAAGAGUUCCGACUUGCCCUCCUCAAGAACAGCAACGAACAUAAUUUUUUUGCUGACAGGAUAUUUGACUUGUUUGACAUAAAACGGAAUGGAGUAAUUGAGUUUGGAGAAUUUGUUCGAUGCCUUAGUAUCUUCCAUCCAAACACAGAGGUGGCAGAAAAAGUUUCUUUUGCAUUUAGGUUGUAUGAUCUCAAGAAUACUGGAUAUAUUGAGCGUGACGAGUUAAAGGAGAUGGUGCUGGCUAUUCUGAGUGAAACGGACGUAUGCCUUUCAGAUGAUGUUAUCGAGGCAAUUGUUGACAAGACAUUACUUCAGGUUGACAGAAAUGGUGAUGAAAAAAUAGAUCCAGAAGAAUGGAAGGAAUUUGUUGCUCAAAAUCCAUCUUUGCUUAAGAACAUGACGAUUCCUUAUUUGAUGGAUAUAACAACAGCAUUUCCCAGUUUUGUUGUGAUGACCACAAUUGAUGAAGAAGAUAUGUAGUAUUCUUGCUUGAGAGGAACAACAAUUGUGCAGCUUGUGCAUACAGAAAUCAUUUGAUGACUCCGAAAUCAUCUGAAGAACAACAGUUUGCGCUAACAAAAGCAUUUCAAAGUUGAGCUUUAAAUAAGGCCUAAACAUACUUUGAAUGUAUGUUUAUCCUUGCAUAAUAUGGUUCUGGAUAUGAUGUUUUGAUGACUAUGUUUGUUCUAACAAUUGUAACAGAGCACUAGAAUGUUCAGCCGUCAAAUAGAGGCCUCAAUGUAAGUCAAACAUAUGUUCACAAUUGCAUACUGUGGUUCUUUUCUCAGUCUGUCUCUGUCUAAAACCCAAACAAGAUUUGUUUUUUCUCUUCUUUUCUUGGAAAAGCAGGCAAUAUUGGAAA